AAAAAAAAAAGAGGUUGCUUAACGCCACCCCAAGCCAAGACCCCCAAACUCUCCCACGCAACCAACGACGAAACAAACCUCCCACCACCAUAAGUACAGACACCUCCAUACAAGUUUUUCUCUCUCUAACGAACCCCUCACUUUCCGAUUUUUUCUCUUUCUCUCUCCUACCCAAACUCCCACGCAGCUAAACCUCCCAACAGACAAAAACUAACUCCUCUUUAUCUCACAAUGAACUCCCCCCCCUCCUCCUGCUCCUCCGCACUCACUCACUCCACCUCUUCUUCCAACACCGACACGCCACCCUCCCCCUCCGCCGCAGUCUGCCGUGCGCUACUAUUAAUCCAAUCUGAUGAUUUGAGUUUGAAAAUAGAAGCGGCGAAGGAGAUAAGAAGGUUAACCAAAACUUCUCAGAGGUGCAGGAGGCAGUUAGCUGAUGCUGUUAAGCCACUGGUUUGUAUGUUACGAGUUGGUGAUGAUGACUCCGUUGAGAACGAGUCGGCUCUCUUGGCUUUGCUUAAUCUUGCUGUUAAAGAUGAGAAGAACAAAAUCAGCAUUGUGGAAGCUGGAGCUUUAGAAUCCAUAAUUAGCUUCCUUCAGUCACAAAAUUCAAUCUUGCAGGAGUAUGCAACUGCAUCUCUUCUCACUCUAUCUGCCUCUACCAUUAACAAGCCAGUUAUAAGUGCUUGUGGUGCCAUUCCUCUCCUUGUUGAAAUCCUCAGAAAUGGCAUCACACAAGCCAAAGUGGAUGCUGUAAUGGCUCUUUCAAAUCUUUCAACACACUCCGAUAAUCUUGACAUAAUUCUCAAAACAAAUCCAAUCCCUUCCAUAGUUAGUUUACUAAAAACCUGUAAAAAAUCUUCAAAAACAGCAGAAAAAUGCUGUGCUCUCAUAGAAUCUUUAGUUGGUUUUGACGAAGGUAGAAUUGCAUUAACAUCUGAAGAAGGUGGAAUCCUAGCUGUUAUUGAAGUGCUUGAAAAUGGCUCUCUCCAAAGUCGAGAGCAUGCAGUUGGGGCAUUGCUAACCUUGUGUCAGAGUGAUCGUUGUAAAUAUAGAGAACCAAUUCUCAGAGAAGGUGUGAUCCCUGGACUACUUGAGCUUACUGUUCAAGGAACACCCAAGUCUCAGUCAAAAGCUCAAACACUGUUACGCUUGCUGAGAGACACUCCAUACCCAAGAUCUGAACUUCAACCAGACACAUUAGAGAACAUUGUGUGCAACAUCAUCUCCCAGAUAGAUGGAGAUGAACAAUCUGGUAAAGCAAAGAAGAUGCUUGCUGAGAUGGUGCAAGUUAGCAUGGAACAGAGCUUGAGACAUCUACAACAAAGGGCUUUGGUAUGUACACCUACGCCAAAUGACCUUCCUAUCAGUAGUUGCACUUCUGAAGUAUCUUCAAAAUGAUUGUUUUGGCCAUCAGUUUUUUACUUCUUUACUUGUGGGGUUUGUGAGACAAGUUUUCCUCGUAGAAAAGAGGGGAAAAAAGUAUAGUGAAGAAUGCCAGUCCAGGCCGUUGUCUAGGUAUCAGGUGACUGGUGAGCGUUAAUAAUCUGGAAGCUGUAUGACGUUGAAAAAUAUAGUUUAGUUUCAAAAUCAAAGAAACUUGGCUUGUAUAGUUACUAUUGUACCGAAUGUUAUACAAUCAGUACAGUUUCCUCUCCCUUCUA